AUGGCGAAAGAGAAACCGAUAGAUCCAGAGCGCGCCGCGCGAAAAGCCGAAAAGAAGGCCCGCAAAGAAGGCAAAAGCUCAGAAACAAACGGUGUUACAAAAGUCAAGAAAGAGAAGAAAGUAAGAAGUGAUGCGAUUGAAGUCGACGCCGAUAACAUACGGAGCACAACCAAUGCAUUGGUUGUGCUGGAAGCGCAAAAUUCGGGCAGUGUAGUGGUCAAGGAAGACGACGACAUGAACAUGGAAGUUACAGUGAAAACGCAGCCUCUCUUGGGAGCUUUAGUGCCGUUCGCGCAACCACUGGCGGACGAGAAGACGGGGAAGAAGGUGUUUAAGACUGUGAAGAAGGGUUUGCCUGUGUCCUUUCUCUUCACCACCGCGCAAAGAUUGACUGUUGUGUGCGAUCUAGCGAUCAAAGCCUCCUGCCUCAAACGCGGCGUAAAAGAAGUCGUCAAAGCUUUGCGCCUAUCUGCCGUUCCUGCUCCCUCGUCGACCACGCCCUCUCCUUAUGUCUGUAUACUCGCAGCUGAUAUAUCACCCAUGGACGUUAUAAGCCAUAUUCCUGUGCUCUGUGAGGAUCACGGCAUCCCUUAUAUCUUUGUGACGUCGAGGCUGGAGCUAGGGGCAGCGGGGCAGACAAAGAGGCCAACGAGUGUGGUGUUGAUAAUGCAGGAGAAGACUAAGUCGAAGAAGAAGAAGGAAGCUGAAGAGGGAAAGGAGGGGAAGGAGGGGAAGGAGGGGAAGAAUGGCAAAGAAGGGAAAGAAGGAAAGGAGAAUCAAGAGAAUUGGGCAGAUGUAUAUGACGACUUCUUGAAGGUGGUUGUCAAAGCUGGGAGAGGAGUCAAGAUAUGA